CACUGCUAGAAGAAUGGUUGAUAUAUGGUGGUCCCUACUUGGGGCUGCCAUCCCAGCUGCCCUUGCCGGGCAAGCCUUUCGAGUGAAGAGAAGGCAUGCCGAAGAGCAGAGGCUUAAAAGUGCCCGUGGGCGGGAAAAGAACACAGAUGAUAUAUUUGUCAGUGAGAGGGUUUGUACAUCAAAGAGAGUGCUGAAGAAGGUUGGUACAUUCUCGAAAGAUCCAACUCCUAAUACUUGCAUCACUAUAUGUGGCGAUUCCGAGCUCGAUGCCUGUGGUGACGCUUGUGCACAAACUGUUUGUGUCAACCAACAUCAAGUGCCCAAUUGGAAUGAUAUCUGCCUUCGAAGGUGCUAGAGUGAAUGCCUUAAACUCU